AUGGUCAAUAGGGAGGCCUCAAUGAUCAAUGGCAUUCAUUUUGAGAAUCCUCGCCAUGAGGCGCACCAGGAUAUCCACAUUGACAUGCAAUACGCACAGCAUGGAUGCACUCGCGAUGAAUUCGCAGCGGAGCCUUGGACUCACUGCAAGGAUCAUACAAGCACGUACCUUAGUAUGCGAUUCGAUAAAAGAAGUGACUUUAUAACCAAACUCUCAGAAGAAAAGUUGAGGCGGGUUAAGCAUGAGGAGAAGCGCAUAGAUCAGACAAGAGUCAACUUCACCUCAUAUGAGAGAAAGAAAGCGAUGAUGGAAAAAUUGAAGGCAGCGAAACAGGGCUGGAGGAAUGAAGUGAUGAACAAGCAAGAAGAGUAUGUCGCGAAAAUACGAAAGGAUUCAUCGAAGUUCCGGAACCAGAAGCUGGACUUGGAGCUUCUCGAGCGCGUGAAGUUAUGGAAAAUCGCCGAUAAUGAGGAAGAAUCCGGUUUGCAACCAAAAACAGAUCUUGAGUACGGAUUCAAAGCAUGUGCGAUAUAUUUCCAGAAGAACGGUUCUGGAUUUGAGGAGUAUACGCAUGACAACCCGAAGUUUCUGCCGAGCGUUUUUCCGAACCAGAAAAUGUCUGUACACAACAUACUCGAAGACGAACCAGGAAACCCUUUGGGAGAAACAUGUCCAUCCAACAGAUUGAGAUAUUUCCAUUUUCCAUCGAACAAUAUGCGCUGGAUUGAGAAAGCAAUGGCGAGAUAUUAUGGGGAGAAAGAUGGCGACCAUCAUAACGAUUCAAAACCAACAAAGGAGAUGUCCAAGGCAGAGAAACUUCUGUCUCGUGAAUUCUGGAGGGGCCAACUUCAUGGUGGGAGCGGAGGAAAUGGCCCGGUGCAUGCCAGGUAUAUGCGAUCUCGAUGUUCUAUCGUUCCUGAAGAUGUAGGCUCCGGCGCAUAUGAACAACCAGUUGUUGAUCCACGAAGCUCGUCCAUAUCCGUUUCGCAAAAAAAUAAAAAGAAGAAUUUUGCUCUUUUCCGGUACCCGAAAGCUAAGAAAGCGGACGAGAAAGCCAAGGAGUCGUUCUUUGACAUCUGGCAAGCAACAGCUAAAGAAAAGAAGCGAGAAAAGAUGCCCCAAAAGUCGAAGCUGGGUGAAUACUUGUUUGCUUUGGCCAUGGUUGCGGAUGCUAUGGACUACGAAGCAGACGAACGACUUCUUCGUGACAACUUACAUCAAAAUCCACCAUUGCACAUAAGACGAACUUUGGACCAAUCGUACUUCUUGACCUUAGAUGAUACAGGAAUUCGAGACAAGGACCAAGUAGUCUACCGUGGGACUAGACUUGGCAACAGUUUCCACUCCCACAGCACGAGGGUUGUGAUGGUCGAUCAAUUAUGGCUAUGGAUUUUGGACGACAAUACUAUCUUGACUUCUUUUCCUCGACGCUGGGGUAGAAACAAGCCCGAUCCUUCUGGAGUACACAAAAGUUUGAGAGACAGGCUCAAGCAUCUUCCCGAGGGGCAAAUACAAUCCGUAUACGAUCUUGCACUCAUAAUCAUUGACCAGUGCUCGCGGGUGUUUUUCGAUCGUACGAAGCCCUUGGAUCAGAGACCCGAAGUGAUGGAUUUGUUCGCCUCAGCCAUAGGUAACGUUGCAGAGCAAACAACAAUUGCUUACGAGAGCUUCUGGCGAAACUUGGAAAUACGCUCCAAAAACCCUAUUCCCUACGGCUCAAACGAGCAUGUCAGCCACAAAUAUCUCGACAUCAACCCAGAAGGUACCAUACUACGUGAAUCACACGACAUUGCAGAAGAACUUCAGAUCAUGAUUCGCAUUUACAAUCAACAAUUACAUGUUGUUCGAGAUCUUCGGAAGAUCUUGGGUCAUAUCAAUGGAGAAUCUAAAAACGAAACUGACGAGAUGAGGAGUAUCAUGAAGUUUCUGAAGUACAAGGAGAAUCCAGGGGCCAAGGAAGGAGAAACGAACAGCUAUGGUGAGCCGGACAUUGUUCCAGAACACACAAUCCAGGAAGCAAAUGACACGUUGGAACUCCUUCGGAACCGGCUUUCAGAGAUCCAGGAAUUAGAAGAUGCUGCUGUUCGGACUAGUCAACAGCUUCAAGGUCUCUUAUCACUGAAACAGCAACAAGCGAGUAUUAUCGAAGCCAAAGCUGCACUGAGAAGGGCAGAUGAAAGCGUCAAACAAGGUAGAGCUAUCAUGGCAUUCACGUUGGUGACGAUAUUCUUCUUACCACUCGGUUUCCUUGCUACUUUCUUCGGGAUGAACAACAAGGACAUAAAUGAUGCUCCUUGGAUGACAUUAAAUCAACAGCUCAAGUACAUGUUUGGACUUUCCACAGCUGUGAUAGUGUUCGCCGUUUCAACAGCAUUCAGUCCCUGGACCCGCGCAACGCUCACUAUCUUCGUCAAAGUACCUCUCGCUUUCAUAGCUGAAUAUACUGGUCUCCGUGCUGCGUGGAAUGAGUACAUUGUUGGCCACUCGGCGCUGGAGAAAAGGGGCCAGAUGAAAUUAGAUCGGAUAUAUGGGAGGCAGAAACGCAAGGAGAGCAAAAUGAACGAUGAGGAGGAGAAGGGUAAGACGGAGGCUCAAUGGGGCAUACGUACUGGGGUUUCAGAGGGUGCUCGUCAGAGAACGGCAAGUCAAUUGGGAUUUGAUCUCCGCAAUGGUGGCAAGUUAAAAGACUUACAGGACACGAGUAUAGAGGAAAUGGUGUAAUUGCGCAGAAGUGGGACCCAAAUACUGAGGAAUGUCAGUUUUUCAGUCCAUUUUACGACUUGAAACCAAAUAGCAAAGACAAUGCACCCACCCAUUAUCUAUGCUUCAAUGUGUCAUGGUACAUAUCCGAAACUCCACCACAUCCCUCGCAAGGGAUCGAUAUUCCAUAAGUACAUUUCUUGCAAACCCCACAAUGCCACUCGCGCCAAUCAUUACACUCUCCACAGACGCGACAAUGGGUGGUGUUUGCUAAAUCCUGCCAAUAUUCUCUACAGAAAGAAUACAUGUACAUCCCCUCAUCUGACAGUCCCUUCACAAACAACUCUUUCGUUAGCAGAUCCCGCUCUUCAGGUGUGACCUCAGGCGCAAUCCAUUUCUCUUUCCAUUCCGAUAGGUCCGGGUCCCAGAAUUCAGUGAAAUAAUCACCGACAGGCGCUUUCGUCAACGGCGACCCUUCAGGGAUGCCCAUGAGUUUGCACCGAAGCGAAGCAACCAUUUCCUCGUCCGUGACAUCGAAAGGAGGAAAGUGCUUUUUCUGAUGCUUCUUCUGUUGCUUUUUGAUCCAGGUCAGGAAGCAAGGAGAAGCCCGCACCCGGGCCUUUCCAAAGAAAGCCGUGAGCAUAUUCAGGGGGUUGACGCAAGCCGAGCAAGUGCAGCUGUCAGAGCAACCGGAUCCGUUCACGGCGCAUUUACAUCUGGAGGAGCAGCCUUUCUUGCAGGCGCAGUGGAGUUCCGAAUUCCCAUAUCCGAUAUGAUCGCGCUCUGUCUGCUUAUCUAGUCAGCUGCUGAUGGGUGCAGGCAAUCGGACACGCAAAACUUGUAGGGUACGGUUGGGUGAGACUACUUCUGUGACUUUACGAUUGGAGCUGUCACCAUCUGGUUCCUCAAAGCUGUAGACGGACAUGUUGACUUCGUACACUCGAUCUGGAAAGGAACUCUAGGGGAGAUGGUCAAACAUCGGGUUUGAAAAGCCACUUAACGCCAAACGCGUGGCGAGAGGGACGCGACGCAUUGACGCGGGUCCUCGUGAUUGCAAUCUUAAAUUGGACAUGCGCUCACGUGAGAUUCUAUUUUCUCCACGAAAGAAAUUCAAGCUCCG